GCAUCUAAGACACAAAAAAUAGGUAGCACUAGUGUCCUAGCUGACGCCAAACAUAUAAAAGUCGUAAACUUACAACACAUCUGUCUCUGUACAUUUUGUCUCUAAUUAGUCAAAUAUAUCGAACUCUUCUGUUCCUGCACUUUAGUUUAUUUCUUCAAACUACCAAAACUCAACUACUUCUUCACCACAAAUCUCUCCGCAGUUUCGUAGCGCUUCACGAUGCCGAUUAAGAGAUAUAUAGAGGAAGUUGAACCGGCUCAACCGGCGGCCAAUGGUAGACCGGCCAUGGGACCGGUUUAUCGCAGCACCUUCGGUGUUGAGCCGCCUAUUCCCGGCAUGGAGAGCUGUUGGGACAUUUUUCGCAUGUCGGCGGAGAAGUAUCCCAAUAAUCCGAUGCUUGGUCACCGUGAGUUUGUGAAUGGGACGCAUGGAGAUUAUGUGUGGUUGACAUACAAACAAGUGUACGACAUGGUGAUCAAAGUUGGAAAUGCUAUUCGCAGUUGUGGUGUUGAACCAGGAGGAAGGUGUGGUAUAUAUGGUGCCAAUUCUGAAGGAUGGGUCAUUAGCAUGGAGGCUUGUAAUGCUCAUGGAUUACGUUGUGUUCCUCUAUACGACACCUUGGGUGCUGAUGCUGUUGAAUUUGUCAUUUGCCAUGCUGAGGUUUCAAUUGUGUUCGCAGAAGAAAAAAAGAUUUCAGAGGUAUUUAAAACAUUUCCCAAGACAACCGAGUACGUAAAAACAAUUGUAAGCUUCGGAAAGGUAACUCAUGAACAAAGGGAAGAAGCUGAGAAGCUAGGUGUGGCAACAUAUUCUUGGGAUGAAUUCUUGCUGCUGGGAGAUGAUAAACACUUUGAGCUUCCAGUAAAAAAGAAAACUGACAUAUGCACAAUAAUGUACACCAGUGGAACUACAGGUGACCCCAAGGGUGUCUUAAUUUCCAACAACAGCAUUGUUACUAUUAUAGCUGCGGUGAACCGCUUCCUGCAGGGUGUGAAUGAACCGUUAACAGUGAAAGAUGUUUAUCUUUCGUAUCUUCCCCUGGCACAUAUAUUUGACCGCAUUAUUGAAGAGUGCUUUAUCAGCCAUGGGGCGCAAAUUGGAUUCUGGCGUGGGGAUGUGAAAUUGUUAGUUGAAGACAUUGGAGUGCUAAAGCCGACUGUCUUCUGUGCUGUACCUCGAGUUUUAGAUAGAAUCUAUUCUGGUCUGACACAGAAGAUCUCUGCAGGCGGUUUCCUGAAGAACACGUUGUUUAAUGUCGCGUACUCGUACAAAUUACGUGGCAUGAAUAAGGGGAAGAAACAUGAGGAUGCAGCUCCACUUUGUGAUAAAGUUGUAUUUAGUAAGGUUAAGCAAGGUUUGGGAGGUAGAGUAAGGCUCAUUUUAUCUGGGGCUGCACCCCUUGCUAGCCAUGUUGAAGCUUAUCUUAAAGUGGUGACCUGCUGUCAUGUCCUUCAAGGAUAUGGCCUCACAGAAACUUGUGCAGGGUCAUUUGUCUCAAUACCAAAUGAGCAGACUAUGCUGGGUACAGUGGGUCCUCCAGUACCUAAUGUGAUUGCACGUCUAGAAUCUGUCCCUGAAAUGGGUUAUGAUGCCCUUUCCGCUACUCCACGCGGAGAGAUAUGCAUACGAGGGGACACCUUGUUUUCAGGUUAUUACAAACGUGAAGACCUCACGAAAGAGGUUCUGGUUGAUGGGUGGUUCCAUACAGGGGAUAUUGGUGAGUGGCAACCCAAUGGAGCCAUGAAAAUCAUUGACCGCAAGAAGAACAUUUUUAAGCUUGCUCAAGGAGAAUAUGUGGCAGUAGAAAAUUUGGAGAAUAUAUAUGGUCUUGUUGCUGCCAUUGACUCGAUAUGGGUGUACGGAAAUAGCUUUGAGUCUUUCCUUGUUGCUGUGGUGAACCCAAAUAUACAAGCUAUUGAGCACUGGUGUAAAGAAAAUGGGGUGUCGGGGGAUUUUGAUUCUCAAUGUCAAAAUGACAAAGUGAAAGAAUACAUACUUAAAGAACUGUCAAAGAUCGGAAAAGAAAAAAAGCUGAAAGGAUUUGAAUUCAUUAGGGCUGUUCACCUUGACCCUCUCCCAUUUGACAUGGAUCGCGACCUUAUCACUCCUACAUAUAAGAAGAAAAGGCCGCAGAUGCUUAAGUACUAUCAGAAUAUCAUUGACAACAUGUACAAGAAGAAGUAAUGUUUCGUAAGGGCACGAUGUUUACAUCUAUUGGUUACCGUCAGAAUGCAGACUGUACAGAUCCUUUCUUCUGUGUCCAGUAAUUAUAUUAAAAUAUGAGAUGUAUGAUUUGAAGUUGUAUUAGCAACUGAGAAUCAAGCUAAUUAUUUGUUAUUUGAAAGAACUACAGCAACGAUGUAUAAAAACAAAUUGAGUUCUCACUACAACUCAUUAUCUGGCAGCUAUUUCAUUUUUUGUUUCUCAGUA